AUGAGCGAUUCGAGCGCUGAAUCGAAUAAAUCCUUCGCGGAGAAGCAAGCGGAUCGCAUGAAGAAAUUGCGCGAGUUGCACCGGCAGAGGAACGAGGCGCGAACGCACAAUCACCAGGAGGUGGUGGCUGAGGACGCUAGGAAUAAGAUGCCCAGCAACUGGGAGAGCAGGAAGCGCAGGGCCGAGUGGAUCCUGAACGACCAAAAGGAGCGGGAGCAGGCCCAGCAGGACGGCAAAGAUUACGACAGGUCUAAGCUGUUGAACGUGUCGGCCAUCGAAGCGGAGAGGUUCGAGCGGAUGAAGAAAAAGAAGAACCCCGACGAGGGGUUUUCCGACUACGAGGCGGCCUCGGUGAGGCAAUAUAACAGGCAAGACUUGUGUACUCUAUUCUUGCAUCGAUAUAUGGAACGCUACGAGGAGCAGAAACAGAAAUUGGGAGAUGCUUUCUACGCGGGGCCCAAUACGAUAGUGCACGGGCUUCACAAAGACCGGCCCGAGGCCGUUGAUAAUCUGGUUAAAAGUGUGGAGGAUCAAAUUGCUAAGAGAAGUAAAUAUUCUAGACGAAGGACUCAUAAUGAUGAUGCUGAUAUUGAUUACAUUAACGAAAGAAAUGCUAAGUUUAAUAAGAAAAUGGACAGAUUCUAUGGUGAGCAUACUGCGGAAAUAAAGCAGAAUUUGGAGAGAGGUACCGCUGUUUAG